AUUCUCUCACUUCUCUCUUUUGCCAUCCUAAACGCGGUGUGAUGCCGUUUAUAGCUCCUCCUGUGCGGCUCGUCACAAGCCUUCCUCCCGCAUCCCUUCCUCUUCCCAACUAAACUCCGCCAUCUCACUUUCCUUGUUCGUCCAUCGCGACGCAUUCGGCCGCUGUUCGCCGUCCAGCUGAUUCUGAGGUAUUCUCUAAGUGAUAACAUCUGCUCAGGCCCUGCUGUGCUGUGGUGUAUUGUCUUCACUUCAUCUCAUCGCUGCACUCUGUCGCUUUGGGACCUGCAGCCGCGCCUCGCCGGCCGCAUCCAGGAACCUCAUCCUGAGUGAAUCCCAUGCCGUUUCCAAUCUAUGCGAGAUCCCUCCCUUUGAAAAGCCAUGUCGGUCCCGUGCACGUAGUAAAGUACAACACCACCGGUCAGUAUAUCCUCAGCGGCGGCCAGGACAAGCAGAUCCUGCUCUGGAAUCCCAAUUCCUCCAAGCUGAUCAAAGCAUACCACGGCGUGAGUCUUUUUUCUUCUUUCUGCAAUCGUAACUAUCUUCUCACAUCUGCUAUUGCUAUUCAGCACGGCUACGAAGUCCUCGAUAUCUCCGUCUCGCACGACAACGCAAAGUUCACAAGCUGCGGCGGCGACCGCACCGUCUUCCUCUGGGACGUCACCUCCGGCUCCAUCACGCGCCGCUUCUCAGGCCACUCUGCGCGCGUAAACUCGGUCGCUUUCAACGCCGACGCGUCCGUCGUCGCAUCCGCGUCUUAUGAUACUACUGUCAGGCUGUGGGAUUUGAAGGCUUCGAGUGCGAAACCUGUGCAGGUGCUUGAGGAGGCGAAGGACAGUGUCUCGUGCGUGCUUAUACGCGGGACGCAGAUUAUCACCGGAUCCGUCGAUGGCUUCGUGCGCGUAUACGAUCUUCGCAAAGGCCAACUGCAAGAAGACCUAAUCGGCCACCCCGUAACCUCCCUCCAAGACUCAACCGACUCCGCAACCCUCCUCGUGUCCACCCUCGACAACACGAUCCGCCUCUUUGACAAAUCCAACGGCUCGCUCCUGCAAUCCUUCACCGGCCACAAAAACUCAGAAUACCGCGCGCGCUCGUGCUUCGGCGACAACGACGUCUACGUCGUCAGCGGGAGCGAGGACGGCAGGGUUUUUGCCUGGGAUCUGGUGUCGGGACGGGUCGUGCAUGAGCUUCUUGCGCCGGUGCCGAAAGAGGCGGGUGGAGAGCGGAAGAAGAUGGGGAAUGUGGUUAGUUGUGUGACGUUUCAUCCGAAGAAGGCGCAGAUGGUUAGUUGUAGCACCGCCGGUCUUAUCCAGGUGUGGGAUUCUGAUUGAUCUAUCUCUAUUCCAAAAGUUGAUGCUAUAAUAUUGUAUAUUCCAAAGUUGAUGCUAUAUUUAUUGUAGUAUUGUAUAUAC